GUAGCCUCUCACUUACUCGACCUCUAUUUUGGUCCUCCUAUUAUUGUGCAUUGUCCUUCCACGCAGCGAAGGCGUUAAAAUGGAGACCCAGCAGCCGGCGGCACAGAGGGAGCAAACCACCCCAUUCCACGUGGUGGCGAUGCCUUAUCCCGGCAGAGGCCACGUCAACCCAAUGAUCAAUCUCUGCAAAUCGCUAGUUUCCAGGUACCACCGAAUCUUCAUCACCUUCGUCGUCACGGAGGAAUGGCUCGGCUUCCUCGCCCCCGAGACUAGUUUGCCAGCUAAUUUCCGGUUCGCCACCAUACCCAACGUCAUCCCCUCGGAGAUAGGCCGCGCCGCCGACUUUCCCGGCUUCGUGGUUGCCACUCUGACUAAGCUGGAAGAGCCUUUCGAGCGGCUACUGGAUCAGCUUGAGCCGCCGAGGCCUAGCGUCAUCGUCUACGACACCUACCUGAGUUGGAUGGUCGGCGUAGGCAACCGGAGGAGUAUUCCGGUGGCUUCGUUUUUUACUAUGCCGGCAUCCGUUUUCUCGGUGAUCUAUCACUACGAUCUCCUGGUGCAAAAUGGGCACUUCCCCGCGGAUUUAUCAGAGCGUGGAAACGAGGUGGUCGACUACAUACCUGGACUUCCGUCAACCCGCUUAGCAGAUCUUCCAACAUUCUUCCACGGCGACGGACGGAAGGUCCUCCAUUUAGCGGUGGAAGCUAUGUCACGGGUGCGAAAGGCGCAGUUUCUCCUCUUCGCUUCCACGUACGAGAUCGAAUCCCACACCAUCGACGCUCUUAAGGCAGCAAUCCCCGUCCCCAUUCACCCCAUCGGCCCGGCGAUUCCUUACUUUAGCCUUACAGAGAGCGAAAUCAGCCAUGGCAAUGUGCAGUGGCUUAACUCUCAGCCCAGAGCCUCUGUCCUUUACAUUUCGCAGGGAAGCUUCCUCUCUGUUUCCAAAGCUCAGAUGGACGAAAUCAUCGCGGGGAUCGCCGGCAGCCGCGUCAGGUUCUUCUGGGUGGCGCGAGGAGAGGCCGACGCUUCGAGAAUCCGAGAUGUGUGCGGAGAGAAGGGGGUGGUGGUGCGGUGGUGCGACCAGCUGAAGGUGCUGUGCCACAGCUCGAUCGGGGGCUUCUGGUCGCACUGCGGCUGGAACUCCACCAAGGAAGGCGUUUUCGCCGGCGUUCCGUUCCUCACAUACCCAAUUUUCUGGGAUCAAGUUCCGAACUCCAAGACAAUCGUGGAAGAGUGGAAGAUUGGGUGGAAGGUGAGGAGAGGAAUGGGGGCUGAAUCGGAGCUGGUGACGGGGGAAGAGAUUGCUGGAACGGUGAAGAGGUUCAUGGAUCUUGACAGCGACGAGGGGAAAGAAAUGAGGAGAAGAGCGAGAGAACUGGGGGAGAUUUGCCGGCGAGCGACUUCCAAAGGCGGCUCGGUUGACGCCAAUAUUGAUGCUUUUCUUCAGGGAAUUUCUGGCAAUCCUUGAACGGAUUAGUGAUUUAGCCUUUCAUCUUUCGGUUUAUUAUUGAAGUUUGCAAAUGACUUAGGGCUAUUAGCACCCAAAAAAACAAAAAUUUUAGGGACGCGUGACUGACGCUCGUGCCUCGUGCUCGUGCUCGUGCUCGUGCUCUUUUAAUAUUUGGGGUUGUGAAAUUGAAUUUGGCUCCCGAUUAGAAUUAGAAUUAGAAUUAGAAUUAGAAUUGUGUGGGUGAAAGCAUUGAGUCCUUCUAUUCCGUAUGACGUGAUAAAGCUUAUAAAUUUAAGUGCUCUUUCAGUCUUAA